AUGGGGUGGGAGAGGUGUAAUCGUAACUGCUAUGAUCCAAAGAUUUUUACUUGCCAAAACGACAUAAUUUGCCUGAAUGGACAGAGAACUUGUGAUGGAGUUUGUUACGACGCUGAUACUUUCAGCUGUAAAGAUGUGCAAGAUGUGGUUUGCAUGAUUGGUUACGACCGGUGCAACGGUUGUUGCUUUAAUCCGGAGACACAUAUCUGUGAUGGGGGGGAGAUCAAACCAUCGGCUAAAACGACAGAAACCACAUGCGCAACAUCAACUUCACCAGCGACGUCAAGUUUCUCUGAAAAUGAAGUAUCAACAACUACUACUUCUCAAAGUACCAGUGACACCCACCUUACAAAUAUUGUUCAGCACAGAGGACCUACAACUAGUAAAAGCAUAAGUUCAUCGCUGAUGACCACCGAUUCGACGUAUCUUCCCACUUCAACAGCUCCAAGUAUACAUACGUCUAACUCUUUCUCGUCUCAUGCGAGUGAGACAACAACAUCAAGAUAUAUUGUAUCCAGCUCUAGCCCUAACAGUUGGAGCACCGGCUCACACACAGUAACAACCACCGUGCCUACAUCAGCAUUUACAACAUUUUCUUCCACUACAACUGUAUGCCCAACAUGUAAAUCCAGCAGUCCCGUAGGAACUACUUCAUCUGUACCAAGCACAAUGAGAACUACUUCAUCUGUACCAAGCACCACGAGUACACUAUCGUCGCUGAAUACUGUACCUCCUACCACCGUUAACUCACAAGGAAGCACCACAACGAUCUGUCCUACAUGUAAAUUCAGCAGUGCUAUAGGAACUACAUCAACUUUAUUCAGCACCUCGAGUACACUAUCGUCGCUGAAUACUGUAUCUCCUACCACCGUUACUUCACAAGAAAGCACCACAACGAUCUGUCCUACCUGUCAAUAUAGUAGUUCUCUAGGAACUACUUCAUCUGUAUCAAGCACAAUGAGUACGAUGCCGUCGUUGAAUACUGUAUCUCCUACCACCACUUCUUCCGAAGUAAACACCACAACGGUCUGCCCUACAUGCCAAUACAGCAGCUCCAUUGGAACUACCUCAACCGAACCGAUGACCACUAGUACAUUACCAUUGAAUACUGUAUCUCCCACUACUACUACGCAAGGCGAUAGUACUCAUUAUCCACCGUCAAUGGCAAGUUCUAGGACCUCAUGUCCCACAUGUGUUACAACCCCUGCUAGUGCGAGUACGACAUAUGUCAGCAAAUCAACAACUACAACAUUCAGCACCAUAUCAAGUGCAAAAAAUCAAGAGGACAUGGGCCAGCUACCACGUAUGAGAAAUGCCUCCAAUUCUAGCACCAGCAGGAUGUCUGUUGCCCAAAGCACGCCAUGGAUUACCAGCACCGCUACAACUUUUUCCAUAACGGUAGUUACGAAGGCUAGCAUUUCCACCCCAACUUUGGUAACCACCGUCAGCCCUAGCAUAACUUCAACACCAGUACCAACGGCUACAACAGUAACUUCGAUUUUUUCAACCACCCGAGGUUCAGCCUCCUCCACUCAAGUCAUGACGAAAACCAUCACCAAAAAAGUUGACACCAUCACAACCUUCAAUGGCACUCUAUCUACUAGUUCCCUUUGUCCCAAUUGUGUUAAGGAAAGAUCCAGUUCAAUUACAGUGACUAGCAAAAGCACAUCUAAGUAUUCCGGCACGUCGACUUCCACAAGCUUAGCGACAAAAAUGCAAUCUUCAACCUCUGCGAGCAAGACACUCAGUCAUCCAGUGGUAAAGUUCAAGACAAGCCUUGUGUCAAGUCGGACAACGCAUUCUACUAGUACAACGUGCACGGAUGAUGUAACAACUUGGCCCACUUCCUCUAUCGAUACCACCACAUUGGACACUCCAACAGCCACCAGGAUAACAAAAUAUACCCCUACAAGCACAACAUGUACUGAUUCAUUGACCGAGACAUUAUCCGAUCACGCGAUGACUACCCCAUCUUCUACAAUUGACUGCAAUCAACGCACAAACAGGAAUAAGGAGGAAUGCAAGGAAAGCCAUGCUGGUAAAGAUCGCAGUCAUAAACAUGGUGAAUACGAUGAAGACGACUACGAUGACGACGACGACGACCAAGAAGAUAAAUACGAUGAUCAUAGUGAGGAGAGUGGAAAGCAUGGCUGGAAGAAAAACAGGCAAGGCAAGGAGCCGCAGCCUGAUGUACACUAUGAUGGCAAGGAAGGCAUGUAG